AUGUCGACCGAGCCGGUGAUCCCUCGUCCCGCACAAGAGGGCCAUGAGCCAAAUACAAAGAAGAAGCUCGUCCAUAAUGGGAACGCGAUCGAGUUUGCAAAGGAUCGAAAGUCACAAGGUCUCGCUGGACUCAUCAUGUGGCUACCCGGCGACGCGAAAGGCGUUCCACGCGACUACGUGUCUCUCAAGCACCCGGUGGUCAUAUUAUCACCGGCCAUCUCUGCCACCAACAAGGUCGAGAUAGUAGGGAUGACAUCCUUGGGUAACCAAGACCUCACCAAAAGAUUCAAGGCCUCCCGCAAAGGAAUGAAGCAGAGGGCUAAAUAUCUUCCCAUCGAGCCUACACCUUCUCACCCUGACAUGCCGGAGAGGAACAUGAUGCUCAAGAUGUUACCUUACUCGCCGAAAACGCCUUCGUACGUGAACGGCUCGUCCAAUUCUAGAAGAACCGUUCUAUUCUCCGAACUUGCGGAAUACCUCCAUUACGAUUCGAUCCACAAGAUUUACCCGAGAUUUUACCUGGAGAACGACUCGUACCACAAGUUGGCUGCCUUUGCUGGGUUCUCAGCUGUUCAACUUCUUCACACUCCCGCGGACCCGGAAGCGGAAGUGGACAAGCAGGAAUCCGUAGAGCAGCUCGAGGACACCACGGAGCAGCUCAAGGACAUAAAGGCGGACAACAUGAGCACAGAGCCUCCCUCUGAGGACGAGGAUAACACCCAAGCCCGUCCAAUGGACUCUCAACCUUUCGGGCUCCGAGAACCGCGACCUUACCACUUCAUUCCACGGCCGCCAACUCCCCCAUCUCCAGCACCACUAUCUUCAGGUCCCUCAACUCUAGCACCGCCGCUUGGAACUACCUCGACUCCAGAACCAUCACCUCCACCUCCAACUCCCUCGACUCCAGCACCAUUGCCUCCAGCCCCCCAAACUCCAGCACCGUCACAACCGUCUGCUGAUGAUGAUGUUCCAGACGACCUAACGCCCGAACAAGAGAGGCGCAUCGACUUGAUUCUGCAGGCAUUAGACACGCAAAUUCGCCUCAACCCGGUGCUUUCCCGUCAAGCAUCUGAGCGAACGUACGAACAAGAGAUGUUGUGGCGCGCACGCAUGGUUGUGGCCAUCAUGGAGGAGAUCGCGAAGAUAUCUCGCCUCAACGAUUCGCUUGCUGCCCGCAAGAGUGACAUGGAUGAUGGCCGCGACGGUUCUGCUACGGCAAAAAACACAGGUGAAGGUAAAGAUGCCUCUAACGAUGAAGCUCAGGACCAGACCCAAGACCAUCCAAUGGAUCCUGAACCAUUUGGCUCCCGCAACCCGCAACAUGAACCUUACCGCUUCAUUCCGCAGCCUCCAACUCCAACCCCCUCAACUCCAGCUCCAGCUCCAACUUCAGCUCCAGCUCCACCGCCCAUCAACGACGACCCCCCACCCAAAACCUUCCACUACAUGACACUCGAAGAAGCGAAGCGCAUACGCAUGGAGGACUUAGAGAGACGAUCUCGCCUCAACGCUUCAUCUUCCGCCCGCGCAAGUGAUGACUGGCGCAACCGCUCUGCCACGGCCACAAGCCAAGGCACAGGCAAAGAUGCCUCUCGCGGUGCUCGCGAUGAUGCUAAAGACAAAGCCGCCCGCGAAGAUCCAGGCGAUAGAUAUAGACGCGAGGUCUACAAAGAAGCACGUCUAUGGUGGACGGACCUACCACGUCGCACCCGCUUGGCCAUCAAGUGGGUUCCAACCUCUGCGGUCGUUGGCAUUCUUGGCUGGAAGUUCUGGCACAGCCAGCUUGGUGGAGAGUUGUUCACUGAGGCCGUGGCAGGUAGCGAAGGCUUGAAGGUGGUGGGUAGAGGGUUGAUGGGGGUAGCAGUGGCCAUGGCGAGGGGCAUGUCGGCGGUGCUGAAGCAUUGUUGGCGGCAUCCGAACCAGUAUGGGGGCAUCGGGUUGGUGUAUGGCUUAUGGUUAAAGGGGAAACUUCACGUAUUGGUGCAAGUGUUGGCUGGAAUGUUGUUCCUUAUGGGUUGCUGGGACUAUGUGCUCAGUAAGCCAGGCGACAGUUCUCCCUUAGAUGGGUUGUUUCUGCCUCGGCGCGACGACUGGAGAUAA